UCUCACGUUCCAAAACCAAAACCAAAACCAAAACCAAAGCCGAAAGCUUUUCCAUUCAACAUAUAUUUCCGCACAUCCCUCUAUAUAUUUCUCUUCUUCUUCUUUCUUCUUCUUCUUGGCGAUCAAUUACCUGAACCAACUUUUCCUUGCAUCCCUGGAGAUCUGCUCACUCUUUUUGCCUACAUAUUUUUCCCUAGAAAAUCUGUGAGCCAGAGAGAGAGAGAGAGUUUUUUUUUUUUUUUGGUAUUGUCUCGGAAUUUCUAAAAAGUGCUUUUUGCGUUUUAGUUUCUUCAUUCUAUGCUGAUUUGUGAUUUCGGUGGUGGAUUAGUUUGUUGCGUUUGGUGGAGAUGAAGAGAUUAAAAGACGACCUUUACGCUGGUCCUUCUCAAUUCAAGCGGCCAUUUGGUUCUUCACGUGCGGACUCCUAUGGGCAAUCCCAACCCCCAGGGGGCGGAGGAAGCGUUGGGGGAGAAGGAGGGGGAGUAGGUAGUGGUCUUGGUGGUACCUCGCAGAAACUAACAACCACUGAUGCCAUGACAUAUCUUAAGGAAGUGAAGGACAUGUUUCAAGACCAGAGGGAAAAAUAUGACAUGUUCCUUGAGGUCAUGAAAGAUUUUAAGGCACAAAGAACUGACACUGUUGGUGUCAUUGCAAGAGUGAAGGAAUUAUUUAAAGGGCAUAACAACUUGAUUUUUGGGUUUAACACCUUCUUGCCAAAGGGGUAUGAGAUAACCAUUGAUGAAGACGAGGCUCUUCCACCAAAGAAGACAGUUGAAUUUCAAGAAGCUAUCAGCUUUGUAAACAAGAUAAAGAAGCGCUUCCAAAAUGAUGAACAUGUUUAUAAAGCAUUCCUGGACAUUUUGAAUAUGUACCGGAAGGAGCACAAAGACAUAAAUGAGGUCUAUGAUGAGGUUGCCACACUUUUUGGUGGCCAUCCAGAUCUGCUUGAUGAGUUCACAAGAUUUCUGCCAGACACUGCACAUAAUACUCCACUUCUUCAAAACUCAUUUCUGCGUUUCAAUGAACGGAGCUCUGCCGCACCUACAUUGCAACAAAUGCAUAUGGACAAGCAACGUAUUAGGCGGGAUAGGAUCAUUACUUCCCAUGCUGAUCGCAAUCUUGGUGUUGAUCAUCCUGAGCUGGACGAUGACAAAACAAUGGUGAAAAUACACAAGGAGCAGAGGAAACGUACUGAAAAGGAUAGUAGGGAUAGGAGAAAUCGUGAUCAGGAUGAAAGAGACCCUGAUCAUGAUAAUAAUAGGGACUUCAAGUUGCAGCGUUUUGUCGACAAAAGAAAAUCUGCAAGGAAGAUUGAAGGAUUUGGAGUGCAUGCAAACUUUCCUUCUUAUGAAGACAAAGAUACCUUAAAGAACAUGUGCAACCAAGGAUUCAUUUUCUGUGAUAAAGUUAAGGAGAAGUUGGGCAGUUCAGAUGACUACCAGGCUUUCUUGAAGUGCCUUAAUAUUUAUAGCAAUGGAAUAAUUAAAAGGAGUGAUUUACAAAAUCUGGUGACUGAUUUACUUGGAAAAUAUUCAGAUCUUAUGGACGGGUUCAAUGAAUUUUUGCAGCGCUGCGAGAAUAUUGAUGGCUUUCUUGCUGGUGUUAUUGGUAAAAAAUCAUUGGGUAAUGAUGGCCAUAUAACGAGACCAUUGAAGGUAGAGGACAAGGACAGAGAGCAGAAGCGUGAAACUGAUGGAGCUAAAGAAAAGGAAAGGUACAGGGAGAAGUAUAUGUAUAAAUCCAUUCAAGAGCUUGACCUCUCCACUUGUGAACGUUGUACCCCCAGUUACAGGCUUCUGCCAGACGACUAUCCUAUACCUUUAGCCAGCCAGAGGUCAGAGCUUGGUGCUCAAGUAUUGAACGAUCAUUGGGUAUCAGUUACUUCUGGAAGUGAGGACUACUCUUUUAAACAUAUGCGUAGAAAUCAGUAUGAAGAAAAUCUAUUCAGAUGUGAGGAUGAUAGAUUUGAGCUGGACAUGUUGUUGGAGUCUGUCAGCUCAGCUGCUAAACGCGUGGAGGAAUUGUUGAACCGUGUCAAUGAAAAUAAUGUCAAUUUGGAGACUCCUUUCCACAUUGAAGAUCACUUCACUGCUUUAAAUCUAAGGUGUAUUGAACGUUUGUAUGGUGAUCAUGGGCUUGAUGUGAUGGAUAUUUUGCGGAAAAGUCCAACUGUUGCACUACCUGUCGUAUUAACUCGCCUAAAGCAGAAACAAGAGGAGUGGACAAGGUGCCGUUCUGAUUUUAACAAGGUUUGGGCUGAAAUCUAUGCCAAAAACCACUACAAGUCGCUUGAUCACCGCAGCUUCUAUUUCAAACAACAAGAUUCAAAGAACUUGAGCACAAAAUCUUUGGUGGCUGAGAUCAAGGACUUGAAGGAUACGAAGCAAAAGGAGGAUGAUUUUCUUCUGGCUAUUGCUGCUGGACACAGGCAACUUGUAGUUCCACAUCUGGAAUUUGGAUAUUCUGAUAUUAGCAUACAUGAAGACUUGUAUAAACUUGUCCAAUAUUCAUGUGAAGAGGUUUGCUCAACCAAAGAACAGGUGAAUAAAGUCAUGAGGCUUUGGACUACCUUCUUAGAGCCAAUGUUGGGUGUUCCUUCUCGUCCUCAUGAUAUAGAGGAUACCGAAGAUGUUGGAAAAUCUAAGCGACGUUCCAUAAACUGCACUGCAUCAAGCAUAGGAGAAAGUGAUGAAAGCCCUGGUGAUGAUGCUGCCAUGAUGGAUUCUAAGCAACCUGGUAGUGAUGAGAAUAAAAACACUUUGCCAGAACUAGCUAAGUUUUGUGGGACCAUUGCAAAUGGGAAUUUGGCUAAAGAAAAUAAUUAUCAUGGCAUAAAUCAUGUCAGUAGAGAUGAUACGAUUUGUAAUACACUUUGGCCAGAUAAAGAGCUGAAGAAUACAGAUGUGACUCAUAAAUUGUCAGGAUUAAACACACAAGUUGCCUCUGGUAAACAAAUAGCUGAUUCAAAUCCAUCUUUUGCAACUGGACCAGAAUUUAGUCAUGUGAAAACAAGCUUGGAGGUGACUUCAGGUUGUGAUGCAACUCCAUCCAGACUUGGUCACACUGUCAUUCAAGAUGACCAUGUAUCCAGAGCUAAUGCUGGUGUGGUACCUUCAUCUGAGGGAGUUGAUGGUGCCAAACUAGUUUUAUUGCCAAUUGGAAUGGUUACAGAAGGAACCAAUCUUAAUAGACGUCAUGAAGCAUCUGCUAGACCCUCUAAAAUUGAAAAAGAAGAGGGUGAGUUAUCGCCUAAUGGUGAUUUUGAGGAGGAUAAUUUUGUUGCCUUUGGACAAUCUGUUGAGCUGGCUAUGGCAAAGGAAAAACAAAUCAGGCAAUACCAGGCUGGGAAUGUAGAGGAAAAUAUUUGUCAGAAUGCUGGAGAGAAUGAUGCGGAUGCUGAUGAUGAGGACAGUGAAAAUGUUUCUGAGGCUGGUGAAGAUGUCUCAGGCAGCGAGUCUGGUGGUGAUGAGUGUUCUAGAGAUGAGCAUGAGGAGGAGGAUGUAGAACCCGAUGAAGCUGACGGUAAGGCUGAGAGCGAAGGUGAGGCUGAGGGAAUGGUUGGUGGACAUGUUUCUGGAGGGGAUGGCAUGUUACCAUUGUCAGAACGGUUUCUUCUGUCUGUGAAGCCUCUCACAAGGCACGUGCCCGAGGCAUUUCUUGACAAAGAAAGAAAAGAUUCUCGAGUUUUUUAUGGAAACGACAAUUUCUAUGUACUUUUUAGGCUUCAUCAGAUACUAUACGAAAGGAUCUUAUCGGCAAAAUUGAAUUCGACGGGUGCUGAAAUGAAAUGGAAAACUUCAAAUGAUGCUAGUUCACCAGAUCUCUAUUCCAGAUUUAUGAAUGCAUUAUACAAUUUACUUGAUGGAUCUGCUGAUAAUGCUAAGUUUGAGGAUGAAUGCCGAGCUAUCAUCGGAAACCAGUCAUAUGUGUUAUUCACAUUGGACAAGUUAAUCUAUAAAUUAGUCAAACAGCUUCAAACUGUUGUUGCUGAUGAGGUUGACAAUAAGCUUCUUCAAUUGUACGAGUACGAAAAAUCCCGGAAGCCUGGGAAGUCAAUUGAUUCUGUUUAUUACAAAAAUGCACGUGUUCUUCUUCACGAGGAAAACAUAUAUCGUUUGGCAUGUUCCUCUGCCACCUCCCGGCUGUCCAUCCAGCUGACGGACAGUGUCAGUCAAAAGCCUGAGGUGUUUGCAGUUUCCAUGGAUCCUAAUUUUGCAGCUUAUCUACAUAAUGAUUAUCUGUCAUUUUUUCCUGGGAAAAAGGAGCCACACGGCAUCAUGCUACGAAGAAACAAGCAAACAUAUGCAGGCCUAGAUGAGUGUUCUGCUAUAUACAUGGCCAUGGAAGGUAUUCAUGCGGUUCAUGGUUUGGAGUGUAAAAUAGCUUGCAACUCAUCAAAGAUUUCCUAUGUUCUGGACACGGAGGAUUUCUUCUUCCGACCUAGAAGGAAUAGAAUGAAUUCAUCAAGAGGCACAUCUUCGAGUCGUGAUGAGGCAAGAGUACAACGGUUCCACAGAUUCUUAUUGUCUGCAUAGCAGUGUAUUGUGUGCCACACGAACACUCGAGGUCAUUGGCGCGUUGAACCCAGACAAGUUCUUUUUUUUUUUUUUUUUUUUUGUUCGGGAAUGUGAUUAUUCUAUUCGCGUAUUGUACACCUAUUUGCCAAAUGACCAAGUGAAGGGGAUGUUAAUGGCCCGGGGAUGGAAGUAUGCCGUGAGGGCAGCAAAUGAGCGGUUUUAAAGCCACUGUAAAUAGGGUUGGCUGCAUAACAUUUUGUACAAAUCUUAUCAUUGCUCUUUUUGUAAAUAGGAACAUUUCUUCUUC